AGUUAAGCAAUAAACUUCUCUCUUUGCAUCUCUUAGAUUUUCUUAACUCAACCUACCCAAUUCCCUCCUAUAAAACUGAGCUACUGGUUUCUCCGUAACUGCAUCCAAAGCACAAGAUUUCACAGCAAAGCUUCAAAAGAGAUUCCGACUUCCUUGCUCGAUCUUUUGAAAGGGCCGACACGUACAGAUCGAUGGCGUCGGUGGAGGAAAUCCGAAAUGCUCAGCGAGCACAUGGUCCCGCCAACAUUUUAGCCAUUGGCACAGCCACUCCCUCCAACUGCGUCUCUCAAGCUGACUAUCCCGACUAUUACUUCCGGAUCACCAACAGCGAGCACAUGACCGAGUUGAAGGAGAAGUUCAGACGAAUUUGUGAUAAAUCGAUGAUAAAGAAACGUUACAUGCACUUGGAUGAAAAUAUUCUCAAGGAAAAUCCCAACAUGUGUGCGUACAUGGCUCCGUCUCUUGACGCGCGUCAAGACAUAGUGGUGGCGGAGGUGCCAAAGCUUGGGAAGGAAGCGGCAACAAAGGCAAUCAAAGAGUGGGGGCAGCCCAAAUCCAAGAUCACCCACCUCGUCUUCUGUACAACCUCAGGUGUAGACAUGCCCGGUGCGGAUUACCAACUCACCAAGCUCCUCGGCCUUCGACCCUCCGUCAAGCGCUUGAUGAUGUACCAGCAGGGUUGCUUCGCCGGUGGCACCGUCCUCCGUCUCGCCAAGGACUUGGCCGAGAACAACAAAGGUGCUCGUGUUCUCGUCGUCUGCUCCGAGAUCACAGCUGUCAUUUUCCGUGGGCCCACUGAUACCCACUUGGACUCCCUCGUGGGUCAGGCCCUUUUCGGUGAUGGUGCCGCAGCAAUCAUUGUGGGUGCCGACCCCGAUACAUCCAUUAAUGAACGCCCACUUUUCCAACUCGUAUCGGCGUCCCAGACAAUUCUUCCCGACUCUGACGGUGCCAUUGAUUCACACUUGCGCGAGGUGGGUCUUACCUUUCACUUGUCGAAGGACGUGCCGGAGAUAAUAUCCAAGAACAUUGAGAAAAGCUUGGUGGAGGCUUUUGCUCCGCUGGGUAUAAGGGAUUGGAACUCCCUGUUUUGGGUUGCACACCCGGGCGGGUCGGCCAUUCUUGACCAGGUUGAGUUGAAGCUGGGACUGAAAGAGGAGAAGCUCAGAGGAACUAGGCACGUUCUGAGCGAGUACGGGAACAUGGUGAGUGCAUGUGUGCUCUUCAUAUUGGACGAGAUGAGGAAGAAUUCUGUGGAGCAAGGAAAGGCCACCACCGGAGAAGGGCUGGAGUGGGGUGUUCUCUUCGGGUUUGGGCCCGGUUUGACCGUCGAGACGGUGGUGCUGCACAGUAUUCCUGUGCCCGUGGCGGCCAUUCACUGAUCGAUCGAUAUAUGGAUCUGAUAUAUUGGGAGGGAAUUAAUUAAAGAAUAAUUAUUCAACGUACGCUGCUCGUACGGAGAACC